AUUUGGGUCUAUAACUCAGUACGUAAUAAGUUAUCACCGAUAUGGAUUACGCAGUACUCCAUACUGCAUACCUUACGCCUGUUAAUACUUCGUUCAAACGGUUACAACACCUACCGCGCAAAGGCAGCUAGCCGUUGCAGAACGGCACGAGCAACAAAACCUCAACCCGUGGUUUCCCUUGAACAACGAUUUGUAGUCUCCUGCGCACAGUCAAAGAUGUAGCAGAAAUGUCGCACAUUUUAAAAGCAAAGUCCAAGCCUCGCGACCCUCUUCAGCACCCCUCGGGCUCCCCUGUCUCCCCACUCGGCGCUUCAGGGCCAGGUGCCCGGCCCCCAUCCUCCUCUGCAUCGCCAUUCACGUCGAAAAGCGCAGGAGGGAGAAAGGGAGGAGCGGGAGGAGAGGGUACGGCCAACAACGCCCCCACGACGACCCCACAAGCCGGCUCCUCCCGCCCGAGCACGGGGGCGGCGCCGGGCGGCCUGAACUUCAACCUCUCCGUUCCCGUCCCGGUGCCCUCGGUGCCCUCCUUCCACAGCAGGGAGUCGACCCGGACGACGACGGACCGCACCGACGCGCUGUGGGCGGAGAUGCAGGCCACCCUCGAGGCGGUGGAGCUCUCUGCGGGCGGCACCACCACCACCACCACUGCCUCCGCGGCGGCGGCGGCGGCGACGGGCAGCGCGCGCGUCUUCGGCCCGGACCACGAGCGCAAGCUGGACGAGCUGCGGGCCGCGCAGAUCGCGCUGGCGCAGGCGUGGGCCAGAAGCGAGGCGGACGAGGCGAUCGAGACCACCGCCGGCGCGGGGGCCGGCUGCGGUUCGGUCGCUGGCGGCAAGGCGGGUGAGGUCGGCGCCGGUGUGUCGGAGGGGAGGCGGAGCGUGGUCACGGAUGCGGGCGGGGGCGGCGCGGGGGGAAGAAGUACGGUCGGGACGGGGAGUGCUGCGAGACCUGGUAGCAGCGGGCUUGGGAUGGCCGGUGCUGGGGGAGGAGGGCAAGGGGGAGAGAUGGAGGAAGAGACUGAGGCGGAUAUCCUAUUGGCGAGGAAGCGGAGGGAGGCAAAUGAUCGAUAUUUUCAGAGAGUAAGUCAGGGGGUGCUGGAUGUGGUUGCCAAGUUGGAGGAUGUCGCCAUCGCUAUGCGCGCUGUUGAACAGGAAAGCAAGGAGCUUUGGGGGGACGAAGACGAAAGCAUCCAGCAGAGCGCCAAGACUUGACAGAGACAUCACCAGGGAGGGAUUGAUUCAUUGGGGGCUAUGUGCGGCAUGGGGACCA